CAACGGGGAAGAACCGCUGAUGCUCUCCAAGUCAAGCCAUCUAAAUGUUAUGACGGGUGAUUCUGUUCUUUUACCUUGCUACGUAAGUAAUAUAGGUCGAAAUGUUCGAAUGUGGAAACACCUCCCCUCCACUAUCCUCUUUUCCGGAAACAUCGCAGUUUCGGGAGACCCCAAGCUGACAUUGGUCAAUGAAUCCUCCCUGCAUAUUGAAAGGGUCACUCCUCAUUAUGCUGGAGACUACGUAUGUCAGAUCAGCAGGCAUCCAUUUGUCAAUGUUGUGCAUAAGAUACAAGUGUUUGUACCACCUUCAGUAGUCCCGGACCCCGAUCAUGGAGAGGUGAUCAUCAAAAAAGGAGAGUCUGUGACUUUAAAAUGCAAGACAAGUGGAAUUCCUAAACCCCAAGUUUCAUGGACGCAUGGUGUUGGAGAUUCGAAGCCUGAAGUGAUGGUUCGUCCUGAAUGGGUACAUGGUGAUCAAGGUGUAUCAGUAGAAUUCGUCUGUACAUGUAGAUCUGCUCCAACUGCUCAAGUGGCUUGGCUCCAGGGGGACCACAAGAAUGGUAAACCGUUGCGCCCCAGUGAACGAAUUCGACUUAAAGAAAGGGUUCCUGGACCCUCUGCGGUGGAAGUUAUUCUAAAAAUGCAGAAGAUUCGGCGAGAAGAACUAGGGUCGUAUACUUGUGUCGCAAGAAAUUCGGUUGGCCAAACAUGGAAGACUGUGGAAAUAUCAGGCCUAGCGGAGCCCAUUCAAAUACGAGGGAAUGAAUCGGGCGAAAACAGCUUUCUUCUGCUUUGGACUGCAAAAUCUUACAGCCCUAUAAUUGAAUAUCAGUUGAAAAUACGGAAGCACAAAAGUGGAACAGAUUGGACUGACGUCAUGAUACCGGCUGCAGAAGAUGGUGGAGGUCAGCACAGUCUUCUCUAUUCCCAAUCUUACAACGUAACUGGCUUGGAAGUUGGACAACGUUAUGAGGCAGUUCUUCAAGCUCACAACGAAUUUGGAUUCAACAGACCAUCAGAAACAUUCAUUUUCGGGAUUGGUGAUUUAGUUACAAGUAAUUACGAGAUGGAAGAGCCUGUGCAAGCAUCUUUAUUACCUAUGUAUGAUGCCGUGCUUGAUGUAACUGAUCCACCGCAUUUGGAACAGGCUCCAAGGCUAUCUUCCUAUCCAUCAAGUGCCAUUCAAAAAGAAAUGAUCAUUUUCUGUCUAUUUCUCCUUCUGUUUAGUUUCAUGUGAGGUUGAUUCCUUUCCCAAUUAGAAAAGAAAAAUGUACAAAUCAUAACUAUUUCUUCAUCAUCUUCAUCAGUUGACAUUUUUGCUUUAAUUUGUGUGGAUGUGAGUAGGAAAUAAUUGGUUCAUGUUCGUUCAUCUGCUUUCAUUCAAAUACUCACAAAAUCUAAAAUAUUCCUUUUUAUUGAGAUCAGGGUGCAAAACAAUCUGCAACUGUAAAUAAAGUUCAUUUGAACAUUAAUUAAAAUUAAAAAGAAAAAAAGAAAAAACAAGCUUACGUGAGUGUCACAGUGAUUUCCUCAGUUUGAACUCAUUUCUUAGAAUUUAAAGCUAUGAUCAAUCUUAUUUUAGAACUUCUUUACUGCUUCUAAUACUCAGAAAGUUUUUGUUGAACGAAUUAUAGAAGCACCUGACCUGUUAUGUCUUAAGACAGAUUAAAACUUCACAAUUAGCAGAAACAGCGCCAUGCUACGACGUGCGUCGCAGAUUCUUGAGAAAGUUUGCAGACUAUUUCUUAGUUGGAAAUCCUAAGUUGAGGGAAAAAACGUGCAAUAAUUGCAUUAAGCUUUCUAAAGAUGUAAAAUAAUAAUAAUAAAUAAAUAAAUAAACUUUUGAAUCCUCGGCAAUGCUAUCACGUUGAAAUUUUAUACUGGAAUUUGCGAAAAUUGCUAAUAGUUUCUAAUGUUUAAAAAUAACUACCUUGAAAAAAUUGCGUUUUCAAAUAGUGUUAGGGUGAAGAAAAAGGUGCUGUAUAAGUCUUUCAAAGAGCGUGAUCAUGAGGUUUCCUUAAUUUAUUGCAUUUUUGAAAGUUUAGUUUAGUUGAAUUUACCGUAAACCGUGGAUGUUUCGAUCACAAUCAAUAUUUUUAAUAUCUGCUCAAGAAAAUCAAAUUACGUAUUUAUUUGAGUCGCACAAAACAUAACUUAUAAGGUAAAUGUUGAAACAAAUAAUGUACAAAAAUAGAGAAAUGAUGAAUUCAGUUAUUUCGAAUAACUGGAGGAACAAAUUAGAGUAAAUGUCAAUACAGAUUUUCGACGCAGUCCCAUUUGGGUGUUAAUGAAUAUAUUAGAUCGAAUUUUUGAAAGUAGUGGGUAAUUAUACCCACAUGAGUCUGUGCAAAAUUGGAAACUAGUCCAAAUUGCAUUUACUUUUACCAUAUAGCAUGAGAUUUUAUUGAUCUUAACCUUCAACAACAUUUUAAGGAAUUUCUUGUUUUGCCUAAGAGAUUUAUUAUUUUUGUCAAUUUAACGGUAAAUUAUAUCCGAAGCAAGAUAUUUUGAAAUAGUAUUUUAGGAGUCAGGUAACAUUUGUGUAUAUCUGAAAUAAAAUAUGUGUAUAAUCCCGGUGUUUAUGGUACGAAACCACUUCAGAAUUCUUAUGAUUUAUUUUCGGGAUUAUUGAACAUUAUCCAGAACUUUACAAUGAUAUUGAAAAUGUUAAGUAAUGUUGUAAUGUAUGAUCUAGUACAUGUACUUUUAUUUUGAUAA